AUGGGGAAGUCGGAGGGCAUCCGCAUUUUUCUCCGCAUCCGCCCCGUCGCAAAGCGACUGCCGCCUAGCGGCGCCGGCAGGGAGGACGCCGCGCUCACCACGUACGCCGUGGAUCACACCUUCGACAACUCAAAGGUGCACUUCCACGUUGACCGCCGUGCUGAAAACGAUGUGGUGAACAACGCGCUGGAGGACUACCGCUUCACCUUCCGCCGCGCCUUCGAGCCGGCGGCGACGCAGGAGGAGGUCUUCAACGUCGUCGCGAAGGACUGCGUGCUGGCGGCGCUCGAUGGCUACAACAGCACCAUCUUCGCCUACGGCCAGACAGGCAGCGGCAAGACGUACAGCAUCACCGGCGGCGCGGAGAGUUACAACGACCGCGGCAUCAUCCCACGCGCGCUGGCGCUCAUCUACGACGAGGUGGCGCGGCGCCAGCAGGAGAGCAGCUGCAGCGUCGCCGUGUCGUACCUGCAGAUAUACAACGACAGGGGGCAGGACCUGCUCAACCACGGCCGCGAC